GAACUCUUUACCGGUUACCGUAGUUUUUCAAGAAGGCGCACGUAACAGCCCGAGCUUGCUAUUGCUGCAACCAUGGAGGGGAUGCUAAACUACUUCGUGCCUGAGGACGGGGAUUCAUCCGACCACCUGAACGUGGUGCCGCUGCCCCGUGUAGAGCAGCUGCGUCUGCAACACGUCAAAAAGAGCUUCCCGUUGCCUGGUGAUUUUCACUUCCGCUUCAAGACGGCAUUCGAGGGGACUUACGGUGCGUGGCAGAGCAGUAAUAGAGAGGUGAAAACUGUUAGACUAAGGGUGGGGUGGCAUAUUCUAGUGUGGCUAGACGUUGUGAAUGAUGCGGACCCCGUGCCGGACUUCAAUGGGCUCGUCAUUUGCAAGAUCUCCAGAGUGCAGCGCGAAAGCUCGACCCGGCCACCAGAGCGUACCGAGAAGCCCAAAGUCCAAGCGGAAGCUCCCGACCUCAUUGAGACGUCAGAGCCCCCUCAAUCUCCCACUAAGCGAGAAGAACCUCAAGCUGCGCAAAAGACUUUCAACAAUGACCUAGUUGGACUGAUGACGGACCCUGUGCCUUCGCCGACCCCACAAGCUCCUUCAGCUCCUUCGCCAGUCCCUCCGGUGCGGUUUUUCAUUUCCGAUUGUUCCAUAUAUAUUCUAAUAGCUAAUUUCUCUACUUGCGAAUCAUGCAAUUCUUAGCAGAAGAGCCCCGCUCCACCUCAAGCAGCACGCGACCCGUUCGAUGUCUUUGCUGGCAACAACACGGCACCCAUGCGGCCUUCGCCAAUCUCAGCCAACUUGAGCGCAAACAAUGCGCCCCGGGGCAUGUCGCCGACUACUAUGGGGAGCCAUGGCGGGGCUUAUGGUGCGCAGGGCGGCUUCAACCCGAUGGGUUCUGGUGGUCCCUCGCCGAUGGCUCCACGAGGCCCUGCGGGCAUGAACAUUAGCCAGAUGCACAUGGGUAUGGGCCAACCACAGGGCGGCAUGCAACAGCAACAGCAGCAGAAUAGCUUCCAAGGGCUUCAGUGGCAGGGCAUGGGGCAGCAACAGCAGCAACCUCAGCAGCAGCGGAACCCCAACCAGAGGUGGUGACCAACAACCUAGAUACACGCGGAGCACACGGUACGAUCACCGAGAGCAGUGACGUUGUCCUAUUUGGACAAUAUGCAGUCUCCAGGCGAAUAUAUUGAAACCCAUUCCACAAAGUAGCUUUUUCAACUUUGUAGUAUCAAGUCCGAAUAAAAAUGCUCUAAUACUGUACAACCGUUUUCUCGGAUUUUUUCAC